GGCUGGACUAUGUAUCCUUGAUGCUCGAUCUGUUUGUGAAACUCAAGGAGCUGAAGUUCAUCUCUGAGCUCCCUCUGUCCGGGUCACAGGGCUCGUCCAUAAUAACAAUGUCUGACGCAGAGGAAAUCGAUGAGGUCGAGGAGGAGCAAGUUCAGGAGGAAGAAGCACAAGAAGAGGUGACAGAUGAGUCAAAGCCCAAGCCUAAGUUUAUGACAAACAUCUCCGCCCCAAAGAUCCCUGAUGGAGAUAAAGUGGAUUUCGAUGACAUCCACAGGAAGCGUCAGGAGAAAGAUCUGUCUGAGCUGCAGUCUCUGAUUGAAGCUCACUUCAUCCAGAGGAAGAAAGAGGAAGAGGAGCUCAUUGCCCUUGUGAACAGAAUUGACAAGCGUCGUGCAGAGAGAGCAGAGCAGCAGAGGGUCAGAACAGAGAGGGAGAAGGAGAGGCAGGCCCGACUCGCGGAGGAGAAAGAGCGCAAGGAGCUGGAGGAGCAUCGUAAGAAGCACGAUGACGAUGUGAAGAAGAAGAAGGCUCUGUCAAACAUGUCUCAACAUUACAGUGCUGGACAAAAGAGUGACAACAGAAGAGGAGGAAAGAAACAGACCGAGAGGGAGAAGAAGAAAAAGAUCCUGGCUGAACGCAGGAAGCCUCUCAGUGUGGAUCAUCUGAACGAGGAUAAACUCAAGGAAAAGGCAAACGAGAUGUGGCAGUGGCUGAUGGGGCUGGAGGCUGAGAAGUUUGACCUGAGUGAGAAACUCAAAAGACAGAAAUAUGAUAUUAACCAGCUUCUUGCACGAGUCCAGGACCACCAAAGCGCCAAAGGUCGUGGCAAGGGCAAGAUGGGCGGGCGGCUGAGGUAAAGCACCUGCUGGAUGAGGACAAGGAAACCCGAGACACCAGGAA